AUGGCAUUUUUAAAAAUUCCAGUUAUCAAGCAAACGACCCUAGACUGCUCGGGUCUGCCGCUGUCUGACUCCAGGUGUUUUACCAACAAGGAGAUAAUUGGUAAUGGGGCGUACGGUGCGGUUUUUACUGCUGACGUCCCAUUCGCGAGUAAGAAUGGAGAAGCAAAUGCAACCGUCGAAAAGGUAGUCGUGAAGAAAAUGCUAAGCGAUGACGUUUUGGACAAGAAGACCUUUAUAAAGGAGGCAAGGAUACUACAAAGGCUAAAGCACCCAAACAUCGUAGACUUCAAGGGUAUCUGCAAUAAUCCAUUUGCCCUUGUGCUAGAGUACGUCUACUUUGAUUUUAAACCAUUUGGUGUGGAGCAGAAAGUGAGCUCCCUUGCUCAAUUUCUUGGUGUUCUUGAAGGUUUCGCUGAGUGCUGCUGUUUUUAUAGUCCUAUGUUAUCUCAACUAUUUGCAAGGACAUGGCAGCAGGUCUACAAUACGUACAUGAAAAUGGUGUCGCUCACCGAGAUUUUUAGCCGGCAAAUAUCCUGA